GCGUUGAUAGACAUUACGCGCAGACUGCGAGGCUCGCGGCGGGUGGAAAUUCAGGGCUGGUUUUGUUAAAAUCAAUGUUUGUUAGUGGUCUUCUCCGCCUCGCUUACGGCGUUGUUGUUGUUGCUGUUGCGGUGCGCAAUCCAUCUGCAGUCUGAAUGAUGGACCUCAUCUCGGCGUCGCGAUAAUCCCUAAGGGAGGGACCAUCCCUGGCUUCGACGCAAUCUUCCUCUCCUGUCUCCCAUUCUGUCAAGCAAGCCGUGGCGAGGGGCUCUCUCAGUUCAUAGCCUAGCCUCGCACCCCCUCUCGUGUGUGCUCGUUAUCCACUUGGCCGGAAUUGCAGUUUACCCUUCAAAGCGAACUUGUAAGAGUGAUAUUCUUGUGGAUAUGAUUUCAGUGUGAUCAGAAUGGUGCAUAACGAGCAAGAUAUAGCAACUGCGGGUAGGAAUCUCGUAUAUUUUCCGCUUUACCGGUCUGGAGGAUGGAGUGACCGUGGCAUCAGGCAAACAUUGGAAGAUGCUCAUAUCUGCAUAGACGAUCUUCACGAUCAGCUGCGAUCUCGGGGUGCAUUUUAUGGGGUCUUCGAUGGGCAUGAUGGCAGUGCGGCAGCUUUGUAUGCAAAAGAGAACCUGCUGUCUUUCAUACUUCAGAAUGCACUGUUCCCUACGUCGGUAGAGGAGGCUGUGAAAGAAGAGUUCCUCAGGCUCGAUAGGGACUUCUUGGAAGCUUGUCAACAGGACCACAAUCUUCACUCAGGAACUACUGCUCUUAUCGCUCUUCUACAAUCCAGGAACUUGCUGGUGGCGAAUGCAGGUGACUGUCGGGCAGUGUUAUGUAGGAGGGGCAAGACGGUACCAUUGUCCAGCGACCAUGCUCCCAAUUCUGAGGGUGAAAGGAUGCGCAUUGAAUUAGCAGGGGGGACUGUAACUAGCGAUGGAUACGUGAACGGGCAGGUGACAGUCACCCGCGCAAUUGGAGAUUGGCACAUGCAAGGUGUAAAGGGUCUCAACGAUACUGGACCUGUGAUUGCAGAGCCUGAAAUUAAGACAUUGGAACUCUCUGAAGAUGAUGAGUUCUUACUUCUGGGAUGUGAUGGCUUGUGGGAAGUGUUCACUAGCAGUGCUGCUAUUGACUUUGCGCGUAGGCAGUUAAGGGAGCACAAUGAUCCAGAGAAAUGCUCUAAAGCACUGGUAGAGGAGGCUCUGAAGCGAAAUGCCCAAGACAACAUCACAGUUAUCACAGUUUGUUUCCAAGCAGAGGCCCCUCCAGACGUUACAGUCGUGGAGACGAGGUCAACAACCAGGAAAGUCAAUCUUGAAAGUAUGUUAUCCUUGCAACAGGAUCUUGAUAUUGCUGAAGCUUCGAACGCAUAUCGCAGAAUUGAUUGCUGAAGCUUCGAACUCCUUUAGUCAUCUCCAGCAUUGUUUCAGUAUCUUUUCUGAUUCUUUGAGGUUUUAACUCGUAGAUCAAGACAUGAACUUAAUGUCUGAACGAAGUCAGAUGGACUUCCUAAGUAGGGAUUUGUCAAAAAUAACGAUCUGUCGCAGAUAGAAAGUAUUUCACAUUGUAGGCGUCUUUUAAGCUUUAGAGUAGAACUCUGGUGUUGUAGUAGCGCACAUGAGAAAGCUUAAUAUCUAAGCACUCAUUGAGAAACAUUUGUGACCCCAGCACAGAUAUGGUUAAGCUGGUAUAAUCACAUUUUCGGAGGUCGAUUCUGCCUCCUGUAAAUGUCUUGGCAUGCUUUGAUCUAGCAGGAACGAGGCUAGCUUUUGCCUCGUCAUGAUAACGACUUCUAGUGUAUUUCGGAGGCUUCA